AUGGAGGACGACUCACUCUACUUGGGAGGUGAGUGGCAGUUCAACCACUUUUCAAAACUCACAUUUUCUCGGCCAGAUGCAGCUUUUGCUGAAAUCCAGCGGACAUCUCUCCCUGAGAAGUCACCACUGUCAUCUGAGACCCGUGUCGACCUCUGUGAUGAUUUGGCUCCUGUGGCAAGACAGCUUGCUCCCAGGGAGAAGCUUCCUCUGAGUAGCAGGAGACCAGCUGCGGUGGGGGCUGGGCUCCAGAAUAUGGGAAAUACCUGCUAUGUGAAUGCUUCCCUGCAGGGCCUGACAUACACACUACCCCUUGCGAACUACAUGCUGUCCCGGGAGCACUCUCAAACUUGUCAUCAUCACAAGUGCUGCAUGCUGUGUACUAUGAAAGCUCACAUCACACGGGCCCUCCACCAUCCUGGCCAUGUCAUCCAGCCCUCACGGGCAUUGGCUGCUGGCUUCCAUAGAGGCAAGCAGGAAGACGCCCAUGAAUUUCUGAUGUUCACUGUGGAUGCCAUGAAAAAGGCAUGCCUUCCCGGGCACAAGCAGGUAGAUCAUCACUCUAAGGACACCACCCUCAUGCACCAAAUAUUUGGAGGGUACUGGAGAUCUCAAAUCAAGUGUCUCCACUGCCAGGGCAUUUCAGACACCUUUGACCCUUACCUGGACAUCGCCCUGGAUAUCCAGGCAGCUCAGAGUGUGAAGCAAGCUUUGGAACAGUUGGUGAAGCCCGAAGAACUCAAUGGAGAGAAUGCCUAUCAUUGUGGUCUUUGUCUCCAGAAGGCGCCUGCCUCCAAGACGUUAACUUUACACACUUCUGCCAAGGUCCUCAUCCUUGUAUUGAAGAGAUUCUCCCAUGUCACAGGCAACAAACUUGCCAAGAAUGUGCAAUAUCCUGAGUGCGUUGACAUGCAGCCAUACAUGUCUCAGCAGAACACAGGACCUCUUGUCUAUGUCCUCUAUGCUGUGCUGGUCCCCGCCGGGUGGAGUUGUCACAACGGACAUUACUUCUCUUAUGUCAAAGCUCAAGAAGGCCAGUGGUAUAAAAUGGAUGAUGCCGAGGUCACUGCCUCUGGUAUCACUUCUGUCCUGAGUCAACAGGCCUAUAUCCUCUUUUACAUCCAGCAGAGUGAAUUGGAAAGACACCGUGAGAGUGUGUCAAGAGGCAGGGAACCAAGAGCCCUUGGCGCUGAAGACACAGACAGGCGAGCAACGCAAGGAGAGCUCAAGAGAGACCCCUGGCCUCCAGCAAAGCUCCCUGCUAAACCUCUCUUCAAGGAACCCAAUGGAUCAGGAGUCCAUGAACACUGGCACACUCGCUUCUCUGCAAGGGAGGACCUGGAGAUCCAAAGGGAAGAACAAACACAGCAAGAGGGCUCUGCUUGUGUGCCAGUGAUCUCAGUGGAAGUGCCGACCCACAUGGAGGAGGCGCCGCCCUGGCUUUGGAGCAACUCAGGCGAUGUCCAUCAGGAGGAAAACUUCCUGUCCGCAGCCCUAACUGCUGAGAAGGGAGAUUCGCUGCAGAGUAUCCCGGAUAUUCUUCUGAAACAGCAAUAA